AUGACAAGUGCCCUCUGUUCAUCGGAGUCUGUUGCCGCCCAUACCAUGGUCGAAUUUAUGGGAGUUCAGGGAUUAUUCUUUAUCAUAUGGCCUCCCGUCGGCCCUGUCGCUGGGAACGCGGGAGUCUGAUAUUAUAUGAAUAACUAGCCGAUGCCUGGGUCUACAUUCAGACGCUCCCCAUUUAACCUCCAAUUUUCUCCGCAUAUUGCGUUAUCCGCUUACUAACAGACGUUCCCCAUUCGAUCUCCAGUUUUCUCCGUUGCAUUGUGUUAUGCCCAGUCAAUACGUCGCCUCUCAGGAUGGCACUCGCAUCUGGGCUGAUGCUGCCGGCACUCCAGGGAAGCCGCCUGUCAUCUUUAUUCAUGGUCUGCUCUGUUCAAGCUUGAACUGGUCCAAGCAGUUUACCGACAAGCAGCUGCUGGAUAACCUGUAUAUGAUAAAGUAUGAGACACGUGGGCACGGUCCCAGCGAUCAACCGGAAUCAGAGAAGUCCUACGUUUCUGCAAGGCACGCAGAGGAUUUUCAGGCCGUGUGCACCGCUUUCAACGUUAAUAAACCAAUUGUCGUGAGCUGGUCCCUUGGAGGCCUCGUCGUUCCCGACAUCCUGUCUCGGUUUGGUACAUCCCCACUUCCCUUGGCAGGGCAUGUCAUGUUCAAUGCGGUCCCUUGGCACUCCACAAUACCGGAGAUCGCCAAACCGUAUACUCUCACCAUCCUUCCUUCGCUGUCCUCUCCACAUACCGUCGAUUUCCAGAAUGCGCUAAAGGAGUUUAUCAGCGGGUUUGUCGCUCCCGACAAUUUGGGACUGAUUUCUUUUGAAGACCGGUGCACAUGGAUGGGCUGUGCAACGAAUAUGAACAUUGCAGCUCGGACGUUUUCCCUCUCACGUACGCAGGAUGAGGCUGCCUUGUUGUACGUAUCGAAGAAGCUACCGAUACUCUGCAUCCAAGCUACGGAAGAUAUUAUGAUGGAACUAGAGAAGCAUGAGGAAUUUAUGAAGAAAAACUUUGGGGACAACUUGGACUAUCGGAGGCUUCCUGGAGCGGGCCACGCGCCUUUUUACGAGCUCCCAGAAGUUGUGAAUCCGAUGAUACUCCAGUUCGUCCAACGUGUUUAUAAGAACAAUCUGUAAUUUUGAUACCUGUCCAAUAUUCGCAUGUUUCUUCA